UUUGUAGUCUUCUGUAAUGAAACGUCCCCAUUGAAAAUCAACACAAGGUAUAAAAAGUCACGUAAAAACCACAGGCUAUAAAUCUCUCAUGGUGUUUUUCCUGGAAAGGCAUUUAGGGGAACAAAAUCUGUUUUCACAGAUGCGGAAAGUUAUUUUUGGACAUUGGCUGGUUAGUCCUGCAGGAAUAUGUGGUGGUGUGGUGGUCAUUAUUCCGUUUGCACAUUUAAGCCAAAAGCGCAGCUUCAAGCAGUAAAUCAGGUUAAGCAUACCUGGUGGCACAGCAGAUGGAUUUUGACAGCCUCCCCCCCCCCAGGCCACCACUCCCUCAACUGCUGUUGUUUUCAUUCCCAACCCUCUGCCUACCUCCUCCCUUCCCCUUCCGUUCCACCCCCUCUGCUUUCACUCAAGUGAUCUUCAGUUCUUCAAGAGACCUGGCUUAUCUGCGUUGAGGACAUAGUCGUGUUGGGGUUUGAAGACGGUUUUCAGUGUCCUUCAGGCAGGUAAAGGGAGUGGGAUGAGGCCACCCACACUGACCCUGGAUCUGCUCCUGCUGGUCAGUUUAUCCCUCGGCGCCCAUGGUGAAUCUUACAGACCUCAGAGUUGCACGCUUGAAUGCAUCCGCUUGGGAGACCCAAGAUGUGAAUACUGCAGAAUCACAGCAGACGAUGUGCAAAUAUCUCCCAUUAUUCCCUCCUCCAGCCCGUUUGGAAGUUGUGUACCUUGGCCUUGUCAAUAUUUUCUAGGUCAGGAAACCCCAGAGGUCUGCCAGCAUUAUGUUCACCCACCUCAAAAUAUUCACAUCGAGUUUGAAGCCAAUAAAGAUCCAACAUUUGAUACCAUUACUGUAUCAUGGAACCCAAGUCAAUAUGGUAUUGCAUUCUUACGAGGAUUUCAAGUAACCCUUCAGGCUCUUGGUGGAUCUCAAUUAUCAUGUCAGCUCUUUCUCCUGGGUAGCAAUCUGUCCCUCACCCCUGCACAUGCCCAUCGGGUCUAUUACUCGGAUCCCUUCACGAAUCUGUCUUUGGAUAGGGAGUAUGUCGUGACUGUCAUGGCACUCCCCGUCCCUGAGCGGUGGGAGCAUUCCUAUGAGAAGAAAAUGUUUUUCACACGCACAUGUCCUGAAAAAAAUGGUCUUGAAGAGUGUGAGAAAGACUGGUAUCCCAGAUACGUUGAGGUCCACCAGGAGAACCAGGAUGUUUAUGUGACCUUUAACCUUGCACCUGAGAACUUUGAAGUCCGUCAGUAUUUUUCAUCAUGUUUCGGAGGUGGGCUACGAAAUUACACAAGCAUCAAACCGGAUUUUAGUCUCAACAAGACACAUCACACAUACCGGUUGCAGAAUCUCCAAGCAGGGACAAACUACACCUGUCAGAUUGCCGCCGAUGUCGUGGAUGCAGUCAGGAAAACGUUCGUUGUUGUGGUUAAACAUAGCUCUGAAGAGACAUCAACCUCACAUUUGACCGAAAGCCCUUCACUGAUGGUGCUCUUGUCCGUGGGAAUCCUGCUUUCUGCUACCGCAGUCCUCACCUUCAUCGCUGUCUACAAGAAAAGACUGAAGAAGAAACAAGUCCAGACCAAAAUGAGACCAGAAAUCAUCGAACAGUACUAUGACAAAAAACUGUGUGAAGGACAGAGUGUUUUGCUGGACAAACCCACCCGUCCCCCUCGUCUUCUGAUUUGCUAUUCCAGUAAUGAUGGUCCUGCCCACGUCAGAGUCGUGUUGCAACUGGCUGCUUUUUUGCAAAAGCACAUGGCGACUCAAGUGCAUUUAGACUUGUGGGAGGCCUUGCGCAUUAUGGAGGAGGGCAGUUUGGGGUGGCAUUGCAAGAACAUGAAGGAUUGUGACUUUGUGCUGGUCAUCUGCUCCCGAGGUCUCCAUCAGAACCAGUCUGAGGAUGGGGAACCGCUGGAGAACACCACCUUAGUUACUGUUUCCAUGAUCGGAGAGGAGCUGUGUCGUGCCAAAGCGUUGGGUCAAGACCUCUCCAAAUUCAUGGUGGCCAUAUUUGAGUACUCGCGAGAGUCCGAUAUCCCAGCAUCACUAGGUCUCGCUUCAAGAUACACCCUGACUAAAGACUUACCUUUGCUUUUCUCCCAUCUUCACGGAGUGGCUUUGCAGAAGCCUGGAGUUUACCUACAGGUGGAGGAUAUUUUAGAAAGUGGGUACUGUAAACUCCCAGCUGGGGCGGCCCUACAGCUGGCCAUACAGGAGGCCAAGGCACAGUUUUCUGAGGAGCCGACUGAAGAGGAAUAUGUAGGAAAUCCAAUCAUUUCAUAAAAUACAUCGAUAAAUGCACUCACACAACCUAAAGUAUACUUAAAAUUUUUUUCAUAGUCAUACAUAGCCUUUCAAAGUGUAAAUUCAUACACUACAUGGGUGGGUACAUAAGUGCAUAGUCAUUUGGGAUCACAUCUCACACAAUCACAUGUCAGCACGUGUGGAUUUCGAUUAUUAUUUUUUGUUCUUGUUCUGUUUUUGUUUCUUUUCUGACUGUGAAACAAUGGUCCAGGCCAGUGUUGCCAUCUUGUGGGCAAACUAAUUAAUGUAACAACAAAAAUAUGAAUAAGGAUGCAUCUGAAAUCGCAUAUUCGAGUAGUAAUUACUUCACGGGCCCUAAAAAAGUAUGUUCUAUAUAGAAUGAGUUGGUGUAGUAUGUAUGUAAUCUGGAUUUACUGCCUUGCCAUGUUGUCAUUAUCAUGUGACCUACCAAGUUCAGUUGCGAUGCUUCACUGCCAUUCACAAAAGCUGUCAUUGUGACCUCAAGGGAUUGUAAAGUGUCCAUCGUAUGCACACUUCAGAAUCUCGCCAGUAGUAGUAGGUCAUCCGGGUACUUUUUUCCUUCUUUUAUUAGUUCUGUCAAUUCAAACAUACUUCUUUUGUCACAUACUGUUACUGUUAUAGGGAAGUUUGCGAUUUCAGAUGCAGCCUAACAUAAAGCGUGUGCGUGAGCUACGAAAUUACACGUACAUUGAAUGAAAUUCACCUUGCAGAUGAUUUACGUAUUUCCUAGCGGAAGAGGUUUUCAAACUGGGGUCUGGAAGAGAGUCAGUCAGUGGAAAAAUAUAAAAUAAAUACAUUGAAUUACAAAUGUAGGCUAUCAAAAUAAAUACAUUGAUUUUUUUUAAAUAUAUAUCGAAUAGUGAAGUGCAGUAAUAUCAUGAGUAGAAAAAUGUAAUAAAAAAGACAUAUUUGAAGACCCGAUAAUCAUUAAGUACCCAGAAUACCCUAGCAACCACAUAACAACGUACAGAAUACCCUAGCAACCACAUAGCAUCCACUAACAGCUCUCACAGGAGUUCAACUUUAUCUAAAUUGCAUGGGCCUUUUUUUAGAUUGUUGAGAAAAACAAAUGAGAGGGAACCGGAAGUACAGUGAGGUUGCCGAAUGCUGUGAACGAUUGUUUUCAUGCAAAUGUGUAUUGAUUUUGCCUUAUUUGUGUAUUUCCUGCUUAUUUUCAUGAAUGAUAAACAUCAUGUGACAAUGAAUAUCCAUUUGCAUGCAAUCCCAGUAAUCUUUCUAAAGAAUAUAUGGAAAAUGUUUAAGGAUUCUUGAUUUAUUGUAGUGAAUGACCUUAAAUUGUGUCAUUUGUUUACAUGAAGUGUUAUUUUUAAUUAUCUUUAUUAUAUUGUUUGCUGUUUUUUUAAUCAGUUAUUUUUGCAACAGUCUGUGUUUGUCUAAUAUGAAGGGAAAUUACUGUAUUUUAUUUGACAAACUGCCUAAAUGUCUGCUUGGUCUUACAUUAUAAUAAUGCAAGGCUUUUUUUUAAUAUAUAUAUUUUAAUAAUGUAUAAUCUUUAUUAUUAUAAUGCAAGGAAAUUCAGGAGAAAAAACACACAUAUGUCCCAGUGAGUUGUGUUGUGUAACAUCUCUGUUUUUAGAAUAUAAGCUAUAAACUCUUACAUAAAAUGUUUAUGAAAAUGUAUGAAUGCAUGAUGUUUUACAAAUAAACUUCCAUUGUUUUGUAAAUA